AUGACUAAUAGAAAAGUCGUACUAGUUGCAUUGAGUGGAUGCUCUUCAAGUGGUAAGACUACAAUAGCUAAAUUAACAGCAGGACUAUACCCUGAUGCUACGUUAAUUCAUGAAGAUGAUUUCUAUAAGCAUGAUUCUGAGGUUCCUGUUGAUCCUAAACGAAACAUUCAAAACUGGGAUUCCCCUGAAGCAUUAAAUAUUUUGGCCUUUGAAAGGGAGCUUGAAAUAAUUAAGAAGACGGGAAAUAUUUCCCAGAAAUUGAUUCAUAAUAAUAAUGUGGAUGACAUGAAAAAAUUCCAGAUCGAUCCAAUGUCUUUAACGAAAUUGAAAACAAAAUAUGAGUCCAUUGAUAAAUCUAUCAAAGUAGUUCUUGUGGAUGGCUUUAUGAUAUACAACAAUCCCGUCUUGACGUCUAAUUUUGAUUUGAAAUUACUGAUCAGAGCACCUUAUGAUGUGCUGAAGGCGAGAAGGGCCGCAAGAUCAGGAUAUCAAACCCUGGAUUCUUUCUGGGUCGAUCCUCCAUAUUACUUUGAUGAGUUUGUGUAUAAAUCUUAUCGAGAUGCACAUGCCUAUCUGUUUGAAAAUGAUGACGUAGAAGGCUCAUUCAAACCCACUAAGAGGUUUAAUAUACAGUUAUUCGACAAUAGUGAUGAUGUUCCGAUUACAGUUGCUCUUGACUGGGUAUGUGAUCGCAUUGUAGAAGUAUGCAAAGAAAAUAAAUGA